GAUAUCAGUUCCAGAGCAGCAGCAGCACCACCACCACCGAGAGCCAGCCAAAAUGUCCAACAUGAACAGCAGGAUUGUCUUCUACGAGGACAGGAACUUCAUGGGCCGCUCCUAUGAGUGCAACUCCGACUGCCCUGACAUGUACUCCUUCCUGAGCCGCUGCCACUCCUGUAAGGUUGAGGGUGGCUGCUUCAUGCUGUAUGACCGCCCCAACUACAUGGGAAACCAGUACUUCAUGAGGAGGGGAGAGUACUCUGACUACCACAUGAUGGGAAUGGCCAAUGGUAUGAGGUCCUGCCGCAUGAUCCCUAUGCACAAGGGAUCCUACAAGAUGAAGAUCUAUGAGAGAGAGAACUUCGGCGGUCAGAGCCACGAGAUCAUGGAGGACUGUGACAACAUCAUGGAUCGUUACCGCAUGUCCAGCUGUAUGUCCUGCAACAUCCAGGAUGGCAACUGGCUCAUGUAUGAGAUGCCCCACUUCAGAGGCAGGAUGAUGUUCAUGAGACCUGGAGAGUACAGGCACUUCAGCAUGGGCAUGGGAAGCAUGGGCGGCAUGGGAGGCAUGGGUGGCUUGAGGUUCCAGAGCAUGAGGCGUAUCAACGAGUCCUGUUACUAGAUGCUGCUCUUUACGAUGAUAUAAAUAAGACAAGCCAAUGAAUAAACAUUUUGAAAUCAAAAAAACAAAAAGUUAUUUUUUUCUUUCUUUCUGAGAAACAAAUAUAAUUAUAUUCAUUCUGUAAUGCACCUUGAUAUAUUACAUGUCAUCAAAAGCCCUGCGAUGCCACAACUGUGCAUUGUCCUUUGACCGUAAUUCAACAUAUUUAACAGUCACACUCAUGAGACCAUUCAACUCAUUAGAAUGUCAAUACACAUGGACAGUGAUAGUUGUUGUUGAUAAAUGACUAAAAAUAAUAACAGCUCCAAGAGAACAUCCCAUAAUGAUUUAUUCAUUAAAGAAACAAGGUCUUU